AUAAUUACUAGAAACUAAUCAUUGAAUGGAGUCUGAUCAAUAUGAACAAAGUGGUGGUGGUGGUGGUGGUGGUGAUGAUCAAGGUGAUGCUCAAGCAAAACAAGUGAUCAAUAUUCUUAGAUCCUAUGAGUGCAAUUUCUGCAAGAGAGGCUUCUCUAAUGCACAAGCACUAGGUGGUCACAUGAAUAUCCAUAGAAAAGACAAAGCAAAACUCAAGCAACAAUCUUCAAACAUGGAGGCAAAUUCUAGUGAAGUUCAAGAGGUGAACAAGUUGUUAUUACCAAACUUGAAUUCUAGUAUUGUGUUGCCUCAAUCUCAACAACAAGAUCAACAACACCAUGCUCCUUCUAGAGAUAUUAAUGAAGCUCUUAUGACUCAACUGAGGCAACAACUUCCAUUUUUUUCUGAAUCACCAACAAAGAGUGAAAUGCAAAAGCCACAACCAUCACAAGGAGAAACUACUACUGCUGCUACUAGUACUACAGAAGAGGCUUUGUUGUUGUCUGGGGAAGAUUCAAUGGAGUUAGACCUAGAACUGAGAUUAGGGCCUGAGCCACAUGAUUCAUCAUCAUCAGCACCAACGGGUACCAGAAAAUUCUUUUGAUGACUUCAAUGCAUGAGUUUAAUUAUUUGUACAUGCCCAAGAAACUAUUCUUUUCUUGGUGAAAAUAAUUCAUCUUCUGUUUGAUUUUAUUUGUUCUAAAUUUUUAUUUUAAAUUAAUUAAUUAAUUUGCUAGUAACGAGCAUUGUUUUGUAUUGUUAAUUUAUAUAUUUUUAUAGAACAUGAG